AGUCGCUUAAUUGACCUGACCUUUAACAAUUUGGACAUUAAUUUAGUGCAAGUAAAAGGGAUGAGUUUAGCAUCUAGCAACUGGAAGAAUAUUGAAAGGUCAAAGCGUAUAGAAUUUGAUGCAGUAGAAGCAGGACACAAAUGGGAAGAGAAGAACGGUACUAAAUAUUUGACUGAUUCAUUAAAGCUAUGUAAGAUGAUGAAGGAUAUGUUAACACAACUUUCUAUUGAAUGUAAUGGAGUAGAAGACCUUGUAAGAAAAAUACAAGUUGUUGGAAUUCUUAAUGGGGCUAACAUGAUUCAGGUCAUUACAAUAGACUACCCAAAGGGGUAUAUUUCUCAUGUUCAAUGUAAAAAUAUCCGUGAGGUUGCAGGACGUUUAUCCAAAUCUGAUCUGCUUACUUUAGUUUUGAAAGAGGAACAUGCACCUGCUAUUAAUAUUUUAUAUAAUGAGAUUGAUUUGCAUCGAAGCUUUCACAUCAAUAGGGCAAGAGCUCUUGCUAUGAAUAUUGAUAUUCCGAAAGUAGAUCAACGCUUGUUAUGUGAAUUUGUCCCAAAAGAAUUUACCACAGAAAAGUCAUAA